AUGGCCGAAAAUACGACAGAAACGGCCCUCGACGGCCUGAACGCGACUGUCGAAAGUAAGGCCGGCUGGUUCUCGGCCGUCGAGUACCUGCAGGAUCUCGACUUUCUCCUCCUCGAGCUCAAGCUCGUCUUCAGCGCCAUCGGCAUCAUCUACCUGGGCGCCCAUGCAGCCCUACGCAGACCCCCAUCCGCGGCACCGGCUAAGAAGCGAAAGCCUGGGGACAAGGACGAUGACGAGCGCUUCUCUCAGGGACUGGAGCCCUCGGAUGCCAUCAUGUUCCCCCUCAUGGCCGGCUUUGUCCUCGUCGGCCUAUACUACUUGAUCCAGUGGCUCCAGGACCCCAACAUUUUGAACAAGAUACUCCGUUGGUACAUGUCGACCAUGUCCAUUGCCAGCUUGCUCUCCCUCUACGCCCACGGGAUCGAGCUCCUCACGAGUGUUGUGUUCCCACGGUACUGGCGUGGGCGGAACGGCGCCCUGAUGGCUGUGGACCAAGAGACGAGAACUGUCAAGGCAUGCGACCCUGUGGGAAACCCUACGGCAGUGGUAGGGACCACAAACCCCUUCCCCGGCCCUCUAGCUUGGCUCGCCUUUUCCGAGAGAGCUCGCAAGGCAGGAUGGGAGCUCCGCAGCCUCCUAACCCGACACUGGAUUGUUAAACUCUUUAUCCACGGUAUGGGCAAGGAGGAGGGAAAAAUCAAGUUUGCCCACAUGUUGGCUCUGUUCUCAGCUCUGGUCACGGCGCUCGUCUACACAUCCACUACGUCUCCUUUCCUGGCCAACAUGCUCGGCUAUGCCAUGUGCUAUGGCUCGUUCCUCUUGCUCUCCCCGACCGAUUUCUUGACUAGCACUUUGGUGUUGGUCGGGUUGUUCUUUUACGACAUUUUCAUGGUGUUCUACACACCUUACAUGGUUACAGUCGCUACGAAACUGGAUGUGCCAAUCAAGCUCACUUUCGAGACUGCAGACCGCAAGAGUAUCCUUGGUCUGGGCGACAUUGUUAUUCCUGGUAUGGUCAUGGCCCUGGCUCUGCGGUUUGACCUCUGGCGUCAUUACAUUCGCAAGGUGAAAUACGAGAGCACCGAGUUGAAGUUGAUCGAGAAGGACUCGGCAGGAGCUCUCGUGACGAGGAGCGAGGUCAAGCACAAGGAGGUCAAGGCCAAGUAUGUCAAUGUCAAGGGAAACUGGGGCGACAGCCUCUGGACGCGGGGCCCCUUGUUCUUCUCUGGGGCGAAACCGCUGCCGGCUGAGCUGGAGGCGGCCCGUUUCCCAAAGACAUACUUUUAUGCCUCCAUUUUCGGGUACUUUCUGGGCAUGCUCGUCACUUUGGCAAUGCUCCUGGUGUUCAAGCGCGGUCAGCCUGCGCUGCUGUACCUGGUCCCGGGCGUACUCGGUUCACUGUGGCUGACGGGCCUUGUGCGGGGGGAGAUCAAGCAGAUGUGGAAAUACACCGAAGACGGCAGCCUUGACACGAUCGACGUGGUGGUGGAUCUUGAUGGCGAGGGCAACGCUAUCAAGACGAUAGGCAAGCUCAAGGACGGCGUUGUCGACACGACCAAGAAGGACGACGAGACGGAGGACGAAAAGGCUACCAAGGACGGCAAGAAGGAUGAUGGAAAGGGAGGACAUAAGGUGUUUUUACUCUCGAUAGAAGCGGAGAGUUUGUAG